GUAAUUAUAGUCUCUAAUCUGUUAUGAAAAUUUCUUUAAUCUGUUAUGUUUUUAUUUCUGGUGGUUUUUCAAAAUAAUUAAAGAAAUUCCUCUUCUACGAAUUCUUUAAAGUGAAAUUAAAAUUUAAAAUAUAGUUACAUUCUUUGUAUACUUACACUACAUUUUCGCCCAUUCGAAUAUCAUCAGAAAUUUGCAAAUUUUGUUGGUUGUAUACAGAAGAUGGAUGUCGGUGAACUACUAUCAUUUAAGCCAACUCCAACACCAAAAAGACCAAAUGAAGACGAUAGCGGUGAUUCUGAUGACGACCAUGCACGGUCUAUAAAAUUAAGACGUUUAGCUAAAUCUAAACCUGAUACUUCACUACAUCAAUUGAGUAAAACAUUACCAAAAGAACCAACCUUAACAGAUAAAGAAAGAGAAGAUAUUCUUCGUUUUGUAGAAACGGAAGCAACAGAGGGAGAAAUUCUAGAUGACACUGCUGUAAAGAAGUUAGUGUUAAACUUUGAGAAGAAAGCUUUAAAAAAUAGAGAGAUGAGAAUAAAGUUUCCAGAUCAACCAGAGAAGUUUAUGGACAGUGAGAUUGACUUGCAUGAAGCUUUGCAGGAUUUAAGUGCAGUAGCUACAGUUCCAGAUCAAUACCCAUUAUUAGUAGAAUUGAAAUGUAUUAAUUCAUUACUAGAAUUAUUGUCACAUGAUAAUACAGACAUUUCAACUAAAGUUGUACACCUUCUACAGGAAUUAACUGAUGUAGACAUUUUACAUGAGAGUGAGGAAGGGGCUGAAGAAUUGAUUAAUGCAUUGGCGGAAGCUGAAAGCCCUUCCCUUCUAUUGCAUAACUUAGCUCGUCUUGACGAACAAGUUGCAGAUGAGAGGGAUGCAGUGCAUAAUACACUGGGAAUUAUAGAGAACAUCACAGAAUUCAGGCCAGAAUUAUGUGCAGAAGUGGCAAAACAAGGAUUUUUACAGUGGAUUCUUAAAAGAUUGAAACUGAAAGUGCCCUUUGAUGGUAAUAAACUGUAUGCUACAGAAAUUUUAUCCAUACUACUGCAACAUACACCAGAAAACAGAAAGUUGCUUGGUGAACUGGAUGGAAUUGAUGUGCUAUUGCAACAAUUAGCGUUUUACAAAAGACACGAUCCUAGUGGCGCUGAAGAGCAAGAAGCAAUGGAGAACAUGUUUGAUGCGCUGUGUUGCGCUCUAAUGGAGCCAGCUAACCGCGACCGCUUCCUACGGGGAGAGGGGUUACAACUAAUGAACCUAAUGCUGCGGGAGAAGAAAAUGUCUAGAAAUGGCUCAUUAAAAGUACUCGACCAUGCUCUAGCGGGACCAGACGGACGUGACAACUGCAAUAAAUUUGUGGAUAUUUUAGGUCUGCGCACCGUGUUUCCGUUGUUCAUGAAAACACCAAAAAGAAAAAGAUUACUUACUGUUGAUCAACAUGAAGAGCAUGUUGUAUCUAUAAUUGCUUCAAUGUUACGCAACUGUCAAGGUAGUCAGAGGCAGAGACUACUAGCGAAAUUCACAGAAAAUGAUCUUGAAAAAGUAGAUAGACUUUUGGAGUUGCAUUUUAAAUAUAUGGACAAAGUUGAUCGCACUGAAAAAGAUAUGGAGCAAGAGUCAGAAGACCUGGAUGAUGACGCACAAUAUUUGAAACGUCUUUCUGGCGGUCUAUUCACGUUACAGUUAAUCGACAGAAUUAUUUUGGAGGUAUGCACCGCGGGUCCAGCAACAGUAAAGCAAAGAGUGCAACGUGUUUUGUCACUACGAGGUGGUUCUUUGAAGAUCAUUCGUCAUGUUAUGAGAGAAUACGCUGGCAAUCUCGGCGACGAUGGCAGCGAGGAAUGGCGUCAACAAGAACAGCAACACAUACUUCAACUUGUAGAUAAAUUUUAAUGACUUGUGUAAAAUAAAAUUAUAAUACUGCAA